UAAAUGUUGGUGGGAGGGUCUCACCUCCGCGAUGCAGAUUUAGCAGACGACCUACCUUUCUUCUCAAAUCCUCCAGAGACCUGUGAAAGUCUCUCACUCAUUUUUUUUUCUGUCAAAUUAAAUAAAGCUGGAAUCGCAGCCCUAGAAACGAUGGGAUUCGAUCGGACCGUCUAGAAUGAAUCCCUCGCUGUCUUCUUCUUCUUCUUCUCCUCCGUCUUCUACUUCGGCUUCCGCCGGUUCCUGGUUCUCCGGCGUUGUCCGGGGCCGGUCCGACCGGGCCGGGUCCGUUAAGAUGGGCUCCGACUCUGGUUCCGGUGGUUCCGGUGACUUUUCCGGCCCCGUCGUGCGGAAGAAUCAGUUCCGAGGGGCGCUCUUCAAGUACGGCCCCAAACCAAUUCAGGUUGCAUUUAAAACAGGUGAUUAUAGACAGCAAGUCAUCUUUAUUGGUGGAUUGACUGAUGGCUUUCUGGCAACAGAAUACUUGGAACCUCUUGCAAUUGCUUUGGACAAGGAGAAAUGGUCACUUGUUCAACUACUCAUGUCAUCUUCAUACAAUGGAUAUGGCACUUCCAGCUUGAAACAAGAUGCGAUGGAACUUGAUCAGCUGAUUAGUUAUUUUAUAAACAAAGAAGAUUCUGAGGGUGUUGUACUGAUUGGCCAUAGUACUGGCUGCCAGGACAUUGUACAUUAUAUACGCACAAAUGCUGCAUGCUCUAGAGCGGUUCGUGCUGCCAUUCUACAGCAUAACACCAAUCAAAUUGUUCAGGCUCCAGUCAGUGAUCGGGAAUACAGAGCAACUCUUCCUGAAACAGCUGCUAUGAUUGACUUGGCUUCAACCAUGAUAAAUGAAGGUCGCGGAUCUCAAUUAAUGCCAAGUGAAGCAGAUUUAGCCCCAAUAACUGCCUAUCGGUAUCACUCACUUUGUGCAUACAACGGGGAUGAUGACAUGUUUAGUUCUGACCUUACUGAUGACCAGCUGAGAUUGAAACUUGGGCACAUGACUAACACACCUUGCCAGGUUAUUUAUUCCAUGGCUGAUGAGUAUGUGCCAGACUAUGUUGACAAGAAAGCAUUGGUUCAAAGAUUGUGCAAAGCAAUGGGUGGUGCAGAAAAGGUUGAAAUUGAACAUGGAAAUCACUCCCUUUCUAACAGAGUUCAUGAAGCUGUCGAUGCGAUGAUUGAUUUUGUUAAGAGAGACGGACCUAAAGGGUGGGAUGAUCCAUGGAAUUAGUGUGGUGCGUUAUGGUCGUAUUUUCAAUUCUAAGUUCUUUCUUUUCAUUCCAUUCUUAUUUAUUUCCUCUUUGGUUUCUUAGUCCUUUCAUUUUCUCGUCUUUUUUAUACUAGAGGUCAAGUAAAUUGUAAUCUUAUAUUGCUCAUGUUGUUGAAAAGAGAGAACAUCCUUGUUUUGCCCGGCUCUGGCAGUUUCGAAUUGAACUCAUGUGAAUAGCUUAACCAUUUAUUCCUAUAAGAAAAUGUGAUCAUGUUAUCAUCUUA